UGUGCAAUGAAGUGGAGAAAUCCAGACGAUGAGUACGCCAAUAGGCCAAAUCUUCGGCGGGAAGAUGUUAAAAAGAUUCUCGAAUGGAUCUCCAAGCAGCCCCACCUGCCCAAGAUAUCAGAACUCGAGGCAAUCCUCUUCAUCCAUUCCUGCUACUACAGCUUGGAGCAAGCAAAGAAGACCAUUGAUGUUCACUACACAAUAAGGACUCAUUCGCCGGAAUUCUUUGCCAAAAGGGAUUCUUCUGCGAGGGAGAUUUUGGACAUGACGGACAUUCAACUACAAGUUCCACUUCCUGGCCUCACUCCGGAAGGCUACAAAAUAAUCUUCAUCAACCUUUUGGAUCAUGAUGCAAGCAAAUACAACUUCACAGCAUCCCUUAAAUUAUAUUCCUUCAUAAGCGACCUACACCUUUGGACAGAGGGCACAGCCGAGGGACACAUUCUCUUGGUGAAUAUGCAGGGAAUGAAUUUGGGUCACAUUGCUCGCCUGGGAUUGGUGCAGAUGAAGAAGUACCUCACCUACCUCCAGGACGCCCUACCGUUGCGCAUUAAAGGACUCUACUUCAUCAAUGCAAACAGUGUUACGGAUAAAUUGGUGUCAAUGAUGAAACCCCUUAUGAAUAAGGAGCUAAUAUCCAUUAUGCGUGUCUUCACCACCAUGGAAUCCGUCUAUAAAGUUAUCCCCCAGGAGAUAUUCCCCAAAGAACUCGGAGGAUCAUCAAAGUCCUAUGCUGAAUUGCAGCGCGACAUGAAGGAGGGUUUAGCGGCAAAUCGGGAUUUCUUCCUUGAAUUUGAGAAUCAACGAUGGGUGGAUGAGAGCAAGCGCCCAGGGAAGCCCAAAACAGCCAAUGAUUUGUUUGGAAUUGAAGGGAAUUUCAAGAAGUUAGACUUUGAUUAAUUUACUUUUCCUUAACUUUUGUCACAUGUUCAGAAUUUUUUUCUCCUUCAAUAUUUUACGUUUUUUUUUUUUUGUGGUAAAAAAUAAUUUAUAGAAAAAAUUCUCAGACUCUCCACAUGAGGAGGUUUUAUCGAAGAAAAUAAAAUUGUAUGUAUUUACACAAAUGAUUCCCCCGCAAAAUGCAAACACAGAAUCUUCCAAACUUGUAUGAGAAAGAACGAAUGAAUCAUAAUGUAAAAUUAAAAUAAAAGGGGUGAGAUAAUUUUUCAAAAAUGUCUCAAAGCAAAAGAA